AUGUUUGCCAGUCGUUUGCCCAUAGUGCCCGUGCUUUCAUCUGCAGCUAGAAUACCUUUGCCUGGAGUCACAAUAGCCUCGGCGAUUUUCUUCAGUUCUGCCUUCAACUCUGGGGUAAGAGGGGCAUCCAUGUUGAAAAAGUUCAGGUGAAUCGACUGCGUUGAACCUCGCUCAGUCACUCGUCCGAUGCAGAGGGCAAGGAUUAUACGUUCUAAAAGUCUUACGCUCCGUAAACGUGGUAUGAUUGGUCAGUUUUCAAGAGGUUACAAAUAAACCAAUCAUAAGCCCGUUUAUAAUGAGCACUGGUUCGUGACAACUCACCCGUAUUUUUGUUGAGACGUUGUGUAAACGUGUCAUGAUGAAAGUUUCCAUUGUAAAUAGUACGUUUUCACUGGGCAUUAUAAAUUCAUUUCCCUUCACAGCUUUUUCAAACUAACACCCACUUUUUAAUUAUUUUAAAUUUAAAUUCCAUUUAUGGCAUUAAAGGGGGCGUGAAUGGGGGAGGGACCAUGUGUUACAAUCAAUGGAGGGGAAACUUGGCCCGAGUUUUAAUCAAGCAGGCACUGAGAUCAGCGGUUAAUCGCAAAAAUCAAGAUGGCGAACAAACUUCUUCGGAAGUGUGUCAUUCUAGCUGGCUUUUGUGUGAAAAAUCCUCCGCAGAAAUCAUCAAAUUUUUUUAGUAAUCGUAACUUGAAGGUAUGGAUAUAAUUUUUUUCUACUCUCGAAGAGACUUUUUUCCCCGUGGCAUUUCAAGGAAGGUUGUAAGCACUGGUUGGUUUGUUAUCAAGGGAAGCAGCGAGUUCCUGGUUGAUGGAGAUCGUGGGAAAGGGUUAUUGACCCCCCUCCCACCCUGCCAUCUGGCUUACCGUAUCUUAGACUUACACCUCCCGCCUAUCAUUGUGAAAAAAUGAGCUGCACAUUAAUGAUCAAAAAAUGCUCAGAUUUUUAGAAUUUAUUUUCGAUUUUCCGAUUUUUUUCCCUGGCCCCACCUAUUCUCUAGGGCACCCUUCCGUCCUCAUUGUCUUCUCCCACUGAUUGAUAAUAAGGGUGAUAUAAGCUUAUUUCUCGUAUAUGAAAGCCUUUAUACGCUUCUAUAGAAAGCUGGUUUGGUAGCUAUUAUAUUAUUACUACUUGUCCUCACUUUGGAGUGACAAUCCUCUUGUUUUUAACCCUUUACACCCAAACAUCAAUAUUCAUAUUCUCCAUACUGUUCUCUGUACAUUUACUAAGGUGCUGACAGGGAGAAUUUGUCUAACAAUCAAGAGUUUCUUUAGUUGGUGAUCAUUUCCUUUAUUCUCAUGACAUUAAUGUGUGAUUCAGUGGUGAUAUUGUAAGGAGAAAUUAGAUUCCAGUCACUCUUAGGGGUUAAAGGGUUAAACUUGAAUUGAAGGCUUGGAGGGCUGAAUUGCAUGAAGGAAGAAUAUAAAUAAAAUAGAAAUAAGGCCUUCUAUUUAUCAAUGAGGUCUAUUCUUUUGAAUUUUAAGAAAAACUUAAUCCCUGAUUCUUUAUAAUUCUUCAUUUCUAGGUUUUUAAAACCUCUCUUUAUCAUACAAGCAGUAUUCAUUGUAAGGGAGCAGAAAUGCAGAAGGAAGCACCAGGGACAGACAAAAUUAGACCAAGGACUAAGUCACCAGGGACAGACAAAAUUAGACCAAUUUAUUUAAGUUAUUUACCAUCAAGCACCCUCUCUUCUAAGAUGCAGGAGACAGGGCCUAUGGCUUUUUGUCCUUAUCCAAGGACUAGAAUGUCUUACCACUUGCAGAUAUCAUAGCAAAGGCAGAUCAACAUGUGAGCUGUGUGUGUCAUGAACCCCAACCUCCCACACAGUAGUCCGGUGCUCAUCCACAUAAGCUAACCAGGCGGCAUUAUCUUGGAUGAUGCGAUAAAUUGACACUAGCAUGUUUCAUAUGAUCAGUUGGUUUAGCAAAGUAUAAUAGUGGUAAACUGGUUUCCAACCUGACCCUGAAACUUCUUGCAGGAUUUUGUUCCAGCAGUACUUUUGUAUUGUGUACCACCCCACUCCAUCUUGCUGAUAUGUCAAGUGAGCCUGGAACAGGCUCACUUGACAUAUCAAUACUUACAGCUACAUUUUUUUCCUGUUGAUUCAUGAACAUUGUGACACUUGUUGAUAACAUCAACCCUUUCACUAUCAAGAUCUCAUUGGUAAUUUUCCUUACCGUCUGCAAUGCAAUCAUUAUGAUGUUAGUAUGGAGAAUGUGGUAUUGGAUCUACCAGUCAUCCUUAAAUCAAUAUUCUCAUGACUUGUCUACUUGAGACUGUACUGGCAUUGUAAAGAUAAAUUCUGCCUUGAUUAUAAACAGUGGUGACAUCAGCUUGGAAAUAUUUUUGAAUAAUUUAAUUUCAACAUAGACUAGAAAGGAUUUAACAUUUCAACAGAUCUUUCCCUUUAUGAAAAUUGAACUCAUAGAAAUGGACUAAGCUUGUGUUUCCUUUCCUUGUAGGGCUGGAUGAUUUGUCAAGCCUAUGUUACUGGUGAGAGAUACAACAUUCAUGGAAUCAAUAGUUACCUGGGGAACAUGGCAAAAUAUCAGGCAACAUUUAUACCAGAAGGUACAUAACAAAAUAAAAAUAUACCUCUUAUUAACCAAGAUCAAAGACCAUACUGUAAGUUAUAGACCAUGUUUUUUUUGCUGUUUGGAUUUAUUUUAUUUUAAAGUAAGGUUCUGUUACUUAUAUUACUUACUAAGAAAAUGAGGUUAGGAAGAUACUUAUUGUUUCAAUUAAAAAAAACCUUUGAAUUUUGUGAGGUGUACAGAGAAAUAUGGUCCACUCAAUUGACUAAUCAUAGUGCUUGUGCCAACAGAGAGAUAUACUAAAUAAAAGUAGGUUAUGAGUGCUAUGCUGGUUUUUACAAUUUUGUAAUCAUUAUUUGAUAUUUUUUUGCCAUCAUCUAUUUUUUCAGAUGAGCCAAAUGUACUUCGAGUUUGUAUUAAAGACAAAAAUGGUGAAAAUAGUGGAGAAGUGUUCUUCUUUGGGUGAAUUUUAUUGCUCCUAUAUUUAUUUAAUAUUAAGUAAUGGUGAUAUAUAGGACUGAGUGGAGUUCAAUUCAUUCUGUAAUCCUAGGAGUGAUAACAAAAUUAGACGGCCAUGUAAUAGGAGUCUGUUUGUUUAUCACAAGUCUAAUUACAGACUGAAUUGGACGAUGCAAAGUCUUAUCACCAAUGAAUCAUAAGAAUUACAAUUUCUUCAUUUUGAAGAAAGCUUCUAAUUUAGGAGUCUGAACACUGUUUCCAUGGUGAUUGAAAUCAAGGUUGUGAUUGGUUGAUUUAAACUGUAACUUUGAAUGUGAUUGGCUUAUUGAACUGUUCAAUAACAUGUCCAAUAACAACUUGGCAAGUGAAUUAGUGGAAAAUAGGAGUUUUUCAACCAAUCAUGAUUGAGAAAAUUGUAAUUUUUAUGAUUAGUGUAACUAUCAGAAAACUUAUUGUCAAAGCAUGGUUAAUCAAGCCUUUGAGUAUCAGCUAUUACUAAUUUUGAAAUGAAUGUUAGGUAGCAUAUUUAUUAAUUUUAACUUGAUAUUAGCUUUGACAACACAGAAAAUCAGAAGGCAACUUUUUCCCCCCUUGCCAUUGAAUAAUAGUUGUUAGAAGUUUACUCUUUGAUCCCUUUAACUCUCAUGAGUGACCAAGAAAGAAUUUCUCCUUACUAUAUCUAUACAAUAUCAUGCAGACAAGUGAUGAGAAUAAAGAAAAAUAUCAAUUUAGGAAUUACUAAUUGAUCCGAUACCAAAUUCUCCAAACUAACUUAAUGGGAAUCAUUUGGCAGACAGUAAGGAGAAUUACUAAUUAGAUCAUAGGAGUUAAAGGGUUAAGUGACCAGCAUCUCAUUUCUCCUUACAAUGUCACUGUUGAAUCAUUCAUUAAGAUUGUGAGAAUAAAGGCAAUAAUUUCCAACCAUAGAACCUUUGAUUGUUGAGUGAAUUCUCUUUAUUACCACCAAGAGGAUGUAUAGAGAAGGGUAUGGAGAAUAUGGAUAUUGAUGUUAGGGUGUACUGGGUCAAAACAUACAUGUCAAUUUGUGGCACUCAUAACACAACAAGGUGUUUUUCCUUUGACAGAUGGCUUGGAUCUUUGGUGCUAUGGAAUGUUUGUAGUGCUGAGGUAUGAAUUAUUCUCCAAUUGGGUUUACGCUAAGUUCACAAAUCAAAUCGCAGGCAUCCCAAGCUCAGGUUUGAACAAAAAGCAAUCGAUUGAUUCAUGAAAGCGCCAUGCAUUAUGUGAUGCAGAACCAUUGAGAAUUUGGACAUCUUAUAGGAAAUAGUAUGAGGAAUGAGAUAUGGUCAAUUUAAAACAAAUAUUUUGAAAGACGAACAUUUUAUUUGUACAAGAUUAAUAGGACUUACUCACUGUUUGUUAUGAUUAAGUAUUUUAUAUGUUUCUGCUUUAAAAUGAAUUUAAAAAGUAAACCAGCAGAAAGUUGAGGGUACUACUUAGGAUUUAGAAAAGGCCAGGUGAAUGUUAUUGAGAUAUGUACCUUAACAGUCACUGUGACAAUUUCAAAAAACCAACCAUACAAUAAACAGUUCUCCCUGUCACUGAAAGAUACCAAAGUGUACUGGUGCUUGUUGAAAAAGUGAGAUAAUUUUCAUAGCCUAUUCACAUACCCAGAGCUGUGAAAUCUUCUCUUAAAACUAUUACCUUGAAUUUACUUUAAAAAAUGAUUUUAAAACAUGAUUUCAUUCUUCAGGAGCAGUUCUUUAAAAAAAUUGCACAGCUAUUCCAAGAUGGAGGCCUUGAUAUGGCACUUACUGACACGGAAGAUGAACAACUGUUAUUUUCCUACUCCAAGUGAGUGGAUUUAAAAAUAUUUUGUAAACUACCAUUUUGAAAUUUGGGCUUCCUCUUUAAGUCUUUUAUUUUUCAUCUCAAAAUAUAUUUUUUGCCUUUAUUCUAGAAAUUCCACUGCUCUCCACAGUGGAAGGAUAAUAUUAAAUGAAAAUUCAAUGGAAGACAUAAUGGCAUUAGAGAAAUAUACUUUUUCAAAUGCUUUAGCUUUGUCUGGUAAGGGAAAAAUUACUGUACAAAAUUACCUUUAAGUAGCUUAAGUGCACAGUGGCAACCAGUUGAUAUUAUACAUAUUCCCCAUACUUUUUUCUAAACAUUUCCUAUAGUAUUGACGAGGAGAAUUUGUUUAACAAUCAAGAGCUUCUUUAUUUGGUGGUCAUUUCCUUUAUUCUGAGACUCAUGGCCUUAAUGUGUGAUUCAGGUAUGAUAUUAUAGGGAGAAAUUAGAUGCUAGUCACUCUUAGGGGUUAAUACAGAAUUAAACAGACUACUUAUAGACCAGUGUAAUAUCAGUGUAAUAACUUAGCAGUAACUUGAUUUUUGUUUGUUUCUAUGCGCUAGUUAAACUUGCUAUCUGGGAGUCUGUCUUAGAUCAAUAUGUGGAGUCCAUACAAUGGGUCCCUGAGGUGAGAAGUUCUUAGAUUUUUGAGCAAGCAUAGUAAGCAAAACCUGACUGAACACUUUGAAUGCAAACUAGUGGCCACAUUGAAAUUUGUAUCCACAGUUUUUAAGCCAGUCAUUCUACUUUUUGUUCAGUUUUAUUCCUGACUUAAAUUAAUUUUUAUUUUAUUUUUAAGGAUUUAAGGAAAGGAAGAAAAGUAAGAAUGUCUAGAAAAGAAGUGCUAGAGAAAACAGGAGAACUCAUUUCCCUCAGGUACUGUUGUGCGUGAUUAAGAAUUUUAUAACUAUUUUAUUUUGUACCUAACAUGCUUUAUUCUCAGUUAAAUGCCUCCAGCACUAAAUCCAAACUUAGCCUGGCAAACCAAGCAGGUAUUUGACUUUGGAACUUUCAGUUGGGGCUGGAAUUUAUUACCCAAGGUUUUUACUUUCAUCUUGGCAUUCACAGAUCUGUUUGAAGUAAAUAUUUUAAAGCUGCAAACCCAGUAACAACUGUGAAUUUUACUCCAAAACCUGGUGCUUAAUGUUGGAAAUAUGAGGAGUUAGUGAAAAAAAAAAAUGAGAAAGAAUAAUUCUAUGCUAAGUUUCAAUGACGCAUUGAUCCUCAUCAGUAAUUCUCCCUAUUGUCCCCCACACUUUACUUAUAGUGUUUGUUUGGAGAAUUUGGUAUUGGAUCUAUGAAUUAUCCACUCAUCACCUUAUCUACUUGAUACUGUUUUAGUAUUGUAAGGUGAAAUUCUGCCUUGGUCACCCAAGGGAGUUAGAGGAAGAAGUAAUUUUUGAUUGAGAGGUGGAGGAUAGGCUUUGUAAAAACUUUACGUCAUUCUCAUGCCAACUUCAUUUUCAUAUGAAAACCUUGAAAUAUAGUGUGUUUCUUUGGCUGAAGUGCCAAGGGUUCAUUUACAUACUAUUUCUCUGAAACUACUUCUAACUUUAGAGUUAUUAUCAUAUAGUUACAAAGUGUGAAAAAGAUAAUCAUUUGUGAGACUUAAAUAAGCUUUACAAAGUAUUUAGUUUAUAUUUGAUUUGCUUGGAUACAUAUCCUCAUGCAUUGUGUGCCUGUGUCACUCUUAAUUUACUGUUCUCUAUAGACUUAAAGUCUUAUUUUUUUGUCAGGUAUAAAAUCAAUUUGUCCUCUGAUCUUCUGAUGACCCCAGAUUUUUACUGGGACAGAGAAAACCUGGAAAACUUGUAUGACAAAACUUGUGUCUACCUUGAUAUUCACAGAAGAACAAGGGUAAAAUAUGAUGUGAUGAUUAAUUAUUAUGCUAUAUAUUGCGGUGAUUAUUCCAAUAAAGAUCAUUUCAGUAAAAAGUUCAACCAAGCUACUUACAGAGAACUGGGGAGAUUUUUGGAGAUUUGGAGAUGCUCCCAGCGUCAAAAACAAGACCAGACCAAAACAGUACAAACUCAGUGGUCUUGUAAUUUGACUGGGAGUGUGAGUUCUUCAAGGUCCCCUGCUGCACAGUGUUUUAGAUAAAGGAAACAAAAGCCACUGUUUGUAAUCCUUAUCCAAGAAGACUGUAAUGUCUAAGUGUUUGCUAAGGUCAUUAGACCAGCAGAACAUUUUCCAUGUAUAGUUACAGUGUAUUUAAAAACUCUCAACAUUAGACUGGUCGGGGGUUCGAACCUCAUUCUCCCCCCCUCACUGCUCAUUAGUCUAUCCCUCUAUCAGUUGGUGGUAAUCACCAGCCUGCAUUUUGGACUUUAUAAAUCACAUUGAAUACAAAGCAACUCUACAUGGGUGUCAAGCUACACUGACAAAUGUUUCUUGUUCCUAGGUGAUGAAUGAGAAAUUAAACCAUUGUUCUGAGAUGGUGGAGUUGUUAAGAACACAUCUCAGUGAAAAACACUCAUUCAGGUUGGAGUGGGGAAUAAUUGCACUUAUAGCAGUUGAGGUACUAUAUUAUCACUGGUACAUUAUCAUAAAAUUACACAAAAUGUAAAGGCAAUAUCUUAUCCCUGUACUCUGUAACAUCAGUAUGCAGAUUCCUCAUACUGUUCUCUACACAUUUCUGAAGGUACUGACAAAGAAAAUUUUUUUAGCAAUCAAUAGUUUCUUUAGUUGGUGAUCAUUUCCUUUAUUCUCAUGACCUUAAUGUGUGAUUCAGGGGUGAUAUUGUAAGGAGAAAUUAGAUACCAGUCACUCUUAGGGUCAAAGGGUUAACAGUGGAGUGUGUUACCAUGGAAUGCAUCACAGUAACCAAAAUCAGGGCCUGUUGCCAUGGCACCUCAUCUGCAGUUCAUUGCACUUUAAAAUUGUUUCGAUUUUCUCUUCCUUUCAAAAAUGCAAACUUGCACCCAAAGAAGUCUUUGUUCCUCCUCUUGACUUAAAUUUGGGAUACUUUUCCUGAGAUAAAGAUCAGAAUCUCCUGAGUUCUCCACUGGGAUAGUGCUAAUUAAAAAACCUAAUAUUUCUUUUUAUUACUGUCAUAGGUUGUCUUUGAGACAUUGUAUUUAAUAGAGAGAUACUUUCCAUUCAGAUGACCUUGGCCUGAAAGAAGACCAUAUCAGAGCAGCAAUCCAAAUAUUUUGUUGCACUUAUAAGGAACCUUAAAUGUUUUUUUAAAAAUUAUUUUAGAUGACCUUGUCCUGAAAGAAGAACUUAUCAAAGCAGCAAUUCACAACAUUUUGUUGCACUUAUGAGGAAUCUUAAAUGUUUUUAAUAAAAUUAUUUUGGAUGACCUUGGCCUAAAAGAAAACGGAUCAAUAUCAGUAUCUGGGCAACUGCCCACCUACUCCUCCC